GCACUGAGCUGAGGAGGGAGACCAGGGAGGACAAAUCCCCACAGCAGAAGCGCGUGGAAGAGGCCGUUUUGAGUGGGUCCACACCACAGGAAUCCAACAAAGAGGAAAAUCCCCGGAGAUCCCGCACGAGGAGGGGCUGCAAACGCAGAUCUCGGGGAUCCGAGGAGGAAAGACCCACCCUGGGCCAGGGUGGUGGCCAGAGCUCAGAGCCGGGGGUCCAUGAGCAGCUCCAGGAUGGGGAGAAGCCCCACAAGUGCUCGGAAUGUGGGAAGAGCUUCAGACAGAGAUUCGACCUGAUCUGCCACAUGAGAAUCCACACGGGGGAGAAGCCCUACGAGUGUGACGAGUGUGGGAAGAGCUUCAGCCAGAGCUCCAACUUGGCUGCCCACCUGAGGAGCCACACCGGGGAGAGGCCCUAUGAGUGUGGGGAGUGUGGGAAGAGCUUCAGCCGCACCUCCUACCUGGUUGUCCACCUGAGGAGGCACACCGGGGAGAAAGCUUACGAGUGUGACCAAUGCAGGAAGAGGUUUCAGGCCAGCUCCGAUCUCCUCAGGCACCAGCGCACUCACACCGAUGAGAAGCCCUUCCGUUGCCCUGACUGUGGGAAAGGCUUCAAGUACAACUCCAGCCUCAUCACCCACCAGCACAUCCACAUGCGGGAGAGGCCCUAUGAGUGUCCCGAGUGUGGGAAGAGCUUCAGCCAGAGCUCCUACCUCAUCUGCCACAGGAGACUGCACAGCGGUGAACGUCCCUAUGAGUGUGGGGAGUGUGGCAGAAGCUUCUGCCAGCGCUCCCACCUGAUCUACCACCUGAGGAGCCACACGGGGGAGAAGCCCUACAAGUGUGAUCAAUGCAGGAAGAGGUUUCAGACCAGCUCUCACCUUCUCAGGCACCAGCGGAUUCACGUGCAGGAGCGGCCCUUUCUCUGCCCCGACUGCGGCAUGGGCUUCAAGCACAACUCCACCCUCGUCACCCACCGGCGCACCCACACUGGGGAGAGGCCCUUCCAGUGCCCAGAGUGUGGGAAGAGCUUCUCACAGAGCUCUACCUUGACCAGACACCAACAGAGCCACCGCUAAGGGAAGCCCUGCAAGUGCCCCGCGUGCACAAAGAGUUUCAUGCGCUGCUCCAAUCCCGUGUCCCUCAAGGUGUCCCUCAGGAUGUUCCCGUGGCUGCUCCUGGCGCUGAGCAUCUGUGCCCAUCCUGGCACAGGGGCACGCUGCCCCCAUCCCGCCCCAAAGUGCUCGGACGGGGGUGGCACCGCCGGGGCCGGCACCGACAGCACCGACAGCACCGCCGGGGCCGGCACCGCCGGGGCUGGCACCGACGGCACCGACAGCAUCGCCGGGAGUGGCACCGACGGCACCGCCGAGGGUGGCACCGACGGCACCGACAGCACUGACCGCACCGCCGGGAGUGGCACAGACAGCACCGCCGGGGCCGGCACCGACAGCACCGGCAGGGUGGAUGAGACAGAAAGUGAAUGUAAAGCAACUCCACCUGGACCCCCAGGGUCCUUCCACACUAAGCAAAACUUCCAGAGAUCUCCUGACACCCAGCUCAGGUGCUGA